GGCGCCAUUAUUAGGUUCACAGGAUGACUCGGGGGUCCCCACAUCGAUCGCACAAGAAACAUCGUCACAAGAAUCGUGAUAGGUCUCGUUCUCCUCUGGACCAGAAUUCCGAUAGGAUUGCUACCAGGCGAGAUGAUCAAUCACCUAGUGAUAUUGGAGGCACUGGUGUUGAUAUUUCUCUCUCAAUUGCGGAAACAAAUGCUUUGCGGGCUAAGUUGGGUCUUGCCCCUCUGGAUGCUGAUGAUACUCCAAAAUCAGAACGAGCAGUAGAUAACCAAGCCGAUUGCUACGUCCAUGCACCAGCUAAAGAUAUAAGAAAAAUAAGGGAAUCAGAAGCAAUCAAAGAAAAGCUUAGUGUCCUAAAAGAGAAAAGGUCACUGUUAGAUAAAAUUGGGCAGGAAAAAUUGUCUACGCCUUCUGCGUGUGAAUCGGAUGUUCAAUCAUGGGUUGAGAAAAUGCGUGAGAAAGAACGAAUUCAGAAACAAGCCGAAGAAAGAGCAAAGCUGCUGUCUGAGAUUGACGAUCAGUUAGCUGUUUCUGAGUUUGUAGAGUCAAGGUUGAUUCAAAAUGAUAAAAAGUACAAACCCAAUGAUUUGGCCGGUCUUCGCGUUGAACACAGUUCGUCCCGUUUCGUUGACGGUCAAUCAGUUAUCUUGACGAUUAAAGACUCAGGUGUUUUGGAUGAAUCUGAAGAUGUUUUGGUGAAUGUAAAUAUAAUUGAUGAUGAAAAAGCUGAUAUCAAUAGAGAAAAUAUAAGAAAGACUGCCGGUCUGGCAGGAAUCGAAGACGAAGUGGAUGAGGAUGUACUUCUUGGUUUACGCUCUAAAACUGUUCUAAGCAAGUAUGAUUCAGAGAUUAAUGGCAUUAAGAAAGACCACUUUGUUAUUAAUUCUGAUGGCUCUUAUAAUACAGAGAAUGAACGUUUAUUGAAACAACUACAAGCUGAACUGAAAGAAGGACGACAAUCGUUGCCUGAUACUGAGCUUCGUAUAGCUUCUGAGUACUACAGUACGGAAGAAAUGGCUGCCAAAUUUAAAAAGCGUAAACGUCGUACCAAAACUAUUCGUCAAGCACUGACUGCUGAUGAACUUUUGAGUGAAUUGCCAGAACAAUCAGGCUCUUCUGAUUUAGGAAGCCGUUCAACAGUUAGAGAAAAACGCUUAAAUAGUAACAUCCCAUCUGCAAAUGACACGAUUUCUCCUGAAGAAUUUUCUGCACAAAUAAUAGAUGUCAAAGAUAGUUAUGAGGAAUAUUGGUCUGCAGCAGAUCAUAUCGAUGAACCAGAUGAGUUGAGAAGUGAAUUAGAGAAAACUAUAGAGCGAGUGGUGCAAUCGAAGUCACGGGUUGUUACUAAACCGGAAGAAAUUACAUCACAACUCUUAGCAAAAAAUAUAGCUACUCAUUCAUCCGAAUCCGUGUCACAGUCACUUGCGUCUGAUACAUCGACAAAUAAUAGCAAAAAAGACAAUGUUGUGUUCGACUCUACUGCAGAAUUUUAUAAGUCAAUUGGUAUUGGUUUUCAAGAAAGUAUGAAGAAAAAUACUCGUUACAAUCAGUUCUUACAAAAUCAAUCUAGAUUACAGAAUAAUGGCGGAGCAGUUGGUACUAAUGAUGAUAAUACGAGUUCAUCACCUACAAGAUUGCCGUAUAAAGAGGAAGAAGAAGAAGAACGAAAGCUUGAUUAUGAUUCAGAAGGUAGUUAUCGCAUGAAAAGUGAAGAUUAUGACGAUACAAAGUUGGAAGCAUCAAACGAUCGAUGGCAUACUGUCGGUAAUGAUAUUCUUGGGAAUUCAACUCGAACUGUACCGAAACCAACAGUCAAAAAAUCUGGACAGGAACAUUUUAAAGUAGAAAAUACUGAUAUACAUGGAGUUUUAGAUGAUGAACCACGUCUGGAUUCAGGAGUAUUUUCAGCCAUUCGGUUGGCUGAGAAAAAAGGUUAUAUUGAUAAAGAAAAAGAGAAACGAACUGGUUCAGGAACUAUGGUCAAUCUAAUGGCUAAACACUUUGUCCAAGAAGAUAUACGCUAUGAUGAUAUUGAUGCGAAAUUUUACAAACGUGAUCGUUACUCUGGUCCAUUAUCAGAUUUUAAAGAGUUAACGCAAUAUAAACCGGAUAUUAAAUUAGAAUACGUUGAUGAGCUAGGACGCGAUUUAAGUGCUAAAGAAGCUUUUCGUCAAUUAAGUCAUAAAUUUCAUGGAAAGGGUUCCGGUAAGAAUAAAACACAGAAACGUAUGAAAAAAAUCAACGAAGAGUUUCUUCUUAAAGCCAGCACCAGUUCAGAUACUCCAUUGGGAACAGUGAACAAAUUGAAUAAAAAACUAGAAGCGAUGUCAAUGCCUUAUGUAAUUUUAAGUGGAAAAAAUGCAGCUGUGUAAGUUAAUUCAUGUUAGGAUGUGUGUUUUCAUUGCAUUUUUAGUGGGAUCUUAAUUUUUAUUUCAGUCACUGCCAAGUUUUCUCUUAAUCUUUCAUGAAGAUUCAUUUUUAGUUUGAUUAAUUACUUUAAUGAUGGUGGUAUAGUGAACGACAACACAAACGGGGACAACCAUAUGGAUUUGAACACAAAAUUACAGAACGUCUUAGUAAAAUCUGAGAACCACACAGUAAAUACUUGAUUCGCAAAAUGUCAAUCGAUCGGCUCAGACUUCACUGUUCCUUCAUUUCCACAGCAAUCAUUCUUCGUUCUCGUUCUCUUUUCCUCGAUCUUCUUAACCAUCUGCUGCCAGGCAUUGCACUUUCGACUGAUGAUACAUACUACUUGUCUGUUGACAUCAGUAGCACACAUCACAAUGGUACUGUCUCGUCCGAAUUAAAUAACCCUGACCUACUUACCGGAUAUAUUUGGUGACUUCAAAAUAUCAUGAAUGUAAAUACAAUGUAACUAAAAUUAUAUGUAUAAGCUGUUUUUCACGUAAGAGAACAGAUAAAUGAACAAUGAAACUACAAGUCGUAAAUUGAAAGACCAGUUGUUUUUCACUUUCUCCAACUAUAACUAAACCUUAUAUUUCAAAAGAAUGAUACCUCAUCAAGAAGCCAAAGAAAGGUGAUCAGUACCAGUUAAAGUUUGAAACAGGGUGGUGUUGAACUGGAUGGAAGAUUCAAUAGAUACCCAACUUCGAAAUCAACAGGCUUGUUUCCGUAAGGAUCGAUCGUGCACAGACCAAAUCGCGAUAAUACAUAUUAUUCUUAAACAGUUAAUUGGGUGGAACUCAUCACCAUACAUCAACUUCCUUGACUACAUGAAAUAAUUUGACAACGUGGAUAGGAGAACCUUAUAGAUCCUCCUUCAGCAUUAUAGUGCACUGAAAAAGUUGGAAAUUUUCACGUGCCUGGACAGUAUCAUCGAUAAACAAGAGGGUUCUAAAGUAGAUGUGAAGACACGGAUUGACAAAGCGAUGACAGUACUUCUGCAAGUGAAUAACAUAUGGGACUUAAGACAACUGUCAGAUAACAUCAUAGUCAGAAUUUUAAACACUAACGUUUAAACAGCUCUAUUGUAUGGAGUUGAAACCUCAAGCAUAACGACAACUACUAUCAAACAGCUAUCUACGCAAGAUAAUCCAGACCUAUUAAUCGUAUGCCAUCAGAAACAACCUACUAUAGAAGAGAACAAACCAACUUGCGUCUGAAGAGGACAUUAGGAAAAGACGUUACAGAUGGAUAGGACACAUUACGAAAACCAUCAAACUGCAUCACUAGGCAAGACCUAACUUGGAAUCCUCCAGCCGAAAAAGAGGUAAACUAAAGGAUAAAUGGGGACGGGAAUUGAGGCCAGAUAUUAAAAAAAAAGAACAGCACUUGACAUCUGGAAGAAGAGCUUAGGACAAAAUUGGUUAGAGAAUCCUGAUGAAUGUCCUGUGCUCCUUUAGUACUACAUACAAAGUAAUGAGACUGUCAAUAAACAAUUAAUGGUCAGGAGAGACCAAAUAAAAAGUAACGACUUCAAUAUUGGUCGAUUGGGUUGUGAUUACAUCAAUCAGUAAAAUUAAACAUAGGAGUUCUGUGGUAAAAUAAUAGUUACUCAUGAGUAAUAUUUUUUUCUUGAAAAAACAAUUUGGCAAUUUUCUUAUUAAUCAGUUGUGAAUUCAACAGAUACAAUUUUAUUUAUCUAUACACUUUAGUAGAUUAUCAUACGUAGUCACGUUUGUAAACUGCUUGGAAAGUGACUGCAUUUUUUUACCUACAUUUAUAUUUUGUUAUUAUUUUGUGACUUUAUGUAUCUACUCCCAUACAUCAUGUUUAAUGGAUGUACUGUUUGAAAUGUAGUCUUUUCGUAAAGGAAUGUAAUCAUUAAGUUUCUUUAACUUAAUAAGGUAUCAUUUUCGGUCGAAUUGAAAGUUACACAUUAACUUUUGUCAUUAUUUUUUAAGGUUUGUAACUUUCUGUUUUUGAUCUUAAGGAUUGCAAUUGAUCAAUCUCUAUUGGUCUAUUCAGACCUUGAAUAAUUUGCCUUAAUAUUAUCAUUUAAUCUCAAAUAUUUUCGUUAAUUGCCAAAUAGCAUGAAACCUAGGUCCAUGGUUUCUUAUCGAUUACUUCUACUUCUGUCAUUCAGCAUGAGUUAUACUUGACUAAGUUGUUAGUAGCUCUUGAGUCGUAAUCGAUGUUCAAGGUUUCUAUUUCAACUAAGUAAUACCAACUGAAUAUUAAAAUUUUCAAACGAGUAGAUAUUCUUAGUCGUAUAAUUCGUUUGAUAACUUUUGUCAUACAGAUUCUAUUCCACCUGUUUAUAUGAUAAUAAUCUAGUUUGGAUAAUUCGACUUUUUUGUAAAUGAUUGAGUUUAGAUUCACUCGAAUUAAAAGUGCAAGACAUCCAUUUAAAUCUUAUGAACAUUUAAUUCAUUUUUGUAACUUGCUUUCAACUACUUAUAUCAAUCAGUAGUAUCUUUUUAUAUACGUUUCAAAUUGAAUUAUAUUUACUUUAUUAUAGAAAGAAGCUGACGAAAUAAUUAAAAGUAAUAAUAAACAGCAAUUUGGAGGUCAUAUUCCAUAGUUGAUAUCACUUUUGUUACGUGGCAUCGAUACACUUGUUCAUUUGUAAUACGAAUCCCCCACUAACCAUUAUUUUCUCACUUGUUUUCUGGAUUGUUAUUUCUUGUGUACAGAUAUAAUCAAUUUUAAAAUAAAAACGCUGACCUUAUUUGUUUUAUU